AUGGGGAAUAGAAGUUCAAAUAAUUCGAAUUAAAAAAUCGGAUCAGAAGCAAAAUGCCCUAAUUGCGAUCGUAAGUUUGGACCUUCUACUACUUACAACUCGCUUAAUACACAUAUAGAUCUAUGUCUAUAAAAUUAAUUACAGAUAAAUAAUGUAGGGUUUCAAAUGCCUCAGCCAUAAGUUUAAUUGGGAGAUAAUUAUAUUUGGGUGAAAUAAAACAAUCAAUGGAAAAGAAUUUAAUCAUAAGUUAAUGGUGGAUAGAUCUAGAAUUUAAGUGUUCAAGAUAUUAAGAACAGAUCCUUUCCUGAAAAAUAAAUGUGGUUCAAUCUUUAACUUGAAAAAUUUCGUAUUCCUUGGUAACUGGGAUCUGAUAAAUUGAAUGUCAAUUAUAAUGAUUUAUUAUAAUCGUCAUUGACUUCAGCUAGAAAUGUUAAUGUGUACAAAGAAGUCAAGGUGGUAUUUUAGAACGACAAAGUGUAAGAUGCAGGUGGUUUAUUGAGAGAAUGGUUAACUUUGAUUUUUAAAGAGAUGUGCAAAGAUAUCUUUACAUUGACAGAAACAAAUGAUGUCACAUAUAAAAUCGCUAAACAGAGCCAAUAUUUUGAUUUAGUUGGUUUAGCAAUUGCAAAAGCACUCUUUGAAAGAAUGACAAUCUGUGUUGAAUUCGAUAGACCCUUAGUAAAAAAAUUAUUAGGUUAAGAAAAUUGA